GAGGAAUCAACGUUAAUGCUUCCAGCCUCAUUUGGAGAGGAUUUAUCGCUCUAGAGAAGUGCUGCAUGGCUGCGUCCCUGGUGUUCAGACUUCAUGACAGAGGCCCUGAGCUGGUGAGGGAGGUGCUGCUGGAGCGAGGGUGGGAGGAAUACGACGAAGAAGAAAGAGAAAAAGAAGACUGGAACCUGUACUGGCGGGGAUCUGAUUUUCGCAGCUCAGAGUAUCACAAUCUGUUGCCAUGGCAGCGACUCAACCACCACCCAAAGACUGCUGGCAUCACACGCAAGGACUACCUGGCACGCAACCUGAGGAGGAUGAGAGCCACAUUUGCCUCAUCUCUUUAUGACUUCAGUCCCACUGCCUUUAUCCUCCCCAACGACUACACCCACUUCCUGUCUGAAUACAACAAACAGCGUCUGACCAGAGGGCCGUCUGUGUACUGGAUAUGUAAACCUGUGGAUCUUUCCAGAGGCAGAGGGAUCUUUGUCUUUGAGGACAUUAAAGAUUUGGUCUAUGACUGCUCUGUAAUUGUACAGAGGUACAUCAGUGACCCUCUGCUGAUCUCUGGCUACAAGUUUGACCUGAGGAUCUACGUUUGCGUUAAGAGCUUUCAUCCACUGACUGUUUACAUCCAUCAAGAAGGCCUGGUGAGAUUCGCCACUGAGAAGUACAACCUGAUGUCUCUGCAGAACCUUUACGCUCAUCUCACCAACACUAGCAUUAACAAGUUAGGUCCUUUCUACAGAACCCAAAAAGAAAAGGUUGGCCAAGGAUGCAAGUGGACCAUGAGCAAGUUCAGACAUUUUCUACAUGGCCAGGACAUCAACGAGAAUCUUUUAUGGCAGAGGAUCAACAACAUAGUGACUCUGACUCUCCUUACAAUCACACCAUCUGUCCCUUCCUGUCCAAACUGUGUGGAGCUGUUUGGGUUUGAUAUACUCAUUGAUGUCAAGUUUAAGCCUUGGCUACUGGAAGUCAACUACAGCCCAGCAUUGACUCUGGACUGUCAGACUGACAUCACUGUGAAAAAAAGGCUAAUCAGCGAUCUGGUGGAUCUAAUGAACUAUACAUUAGUGGACAGCUUGAGGAAGAGGGCUUAUCAAAGACGAGUGUUCAAGAAGUCUUGCUUCCCUGCUAACCUUUCCUCAAAUGCUUCAAUACCUAUUUUCCCAAAGUUCAAGGAGGACAAAUUUCAAAAGAAAUCAAAUGGAGCCCAGUCAAAUCGAACCUGCACUCUUCCUAUGCUUAAAACUCGUCACCAGUUAGAAAAGCUCAACCAAAGACAGUCCAGGCAGUGUUCUUUCAUAGCUAACAACCAAAGAAACCUUCCUCCAGUUGACUUAAACAUGAUACAACCUGUAAGUGGAGGGAUAAUUACCAAAACUGCUACCAACAAGAACCUAAAUACGAUACUGGGCCCACGUUCAAGGACAAACGUGUCAGUAGUAAACAGACAGACGUGUCCAGCUCUAGCACCAAGGCUGAUAGGCAACAGGAGGCUUCAUGAGUCUGAGGUUACAGACUGUGACGACACUGAAACAGAAGCUGAGCUUUCAGUAGAGACAGACGUUUCCUCUUUGAUACAUGAUAUCCAAAAGAAUGGGCGUGGAUUCAGAUGUCCUGCUGUGCCCUGGAAGCUCCCAGAUAUCCACUGUACGAGCAACAGGAGGAAGAGGAUUUCAGCACAGAAGAGACCAAAUGUUCCUCCACUCAGAGUUGGAGACUUCAUACGGACGUUUCCGUUCAACACAGCCACUCUGAGGGCCUCACAGCAUGAACUGAAUGUUAAAGAAAUCAUGCAGGAGCUUCACAAGCUGACCAAUCAGUUAGCCAAACCAGAAAAAAAGAGGAGGAGAGAAAAGGAUGCCGGCAACAUGGACAAAGAUCCUGAAGAUUUUGAAUCACUGCUGUGGGGGCCAAAAGAUCCUCCACUGAUCAGUCAGUGUUGUUUUUCAAGCUCUGACAUCAAAGCUACAGGCUCUCUUACAAAACACUUAAAUCUUUUUUACCCCUUCACUGUACGAAACAUGGACAUGAAACUAAAGGGAUAUUUUGGUAAGAAGACAUAA